AAAACUUAGCUUUCCAAAAGGAGUUGAAACCCACCUGGACUUACAACCCACCCCACCCAGGUUACCGUUCGCGCCAUGCCAAAGAAAAAAGGUAAUGCUGCGGGGCAUGGUUCGGUUGUAUUUGGUAUUCCCAGUCCUGACACCUACCGGGUGCAAGGCGCAGUGUCAGUUCUCCCUGUCUGCUUGCCGCUGGACCUGCGAGUGUGAGCUCGGGAGGGGCGCAGGGAACUCACUGCUCUUUCCCAAGGGGGACGUCGGGGUGGACCCCACACCAUUUUUGUAGCAGCUCCUGUGGGAGGAAGUGAGCUUUCGCGAUAGAGAUGUGUAAGGAGACCUCGCUGCGCGCUUCCUCGACUUGGCAGAUGGAUCCUCCUUGACCUUCCCGGGACGUUUUGAGCAGUGCUUAACUUUCAAGGGCUACCUUAAUGACCUCGUACUUAAGUAGGUGUUUUUAUGGGCUGUUAAGAGUAUCGUUGAACACAGGCCUUUUUCCUUCUAAACGGUGGGUGGACCUUGCAACACUCUGAGGUUUCAUCUUCAGCGGCUUAUGCUACUCCAGCCCUUCACAGAUUUUAAUACUCGUUUCCCAAAACUUGACUUGUUCCCUGUUUUAGCAAACUUUCACAUUCUUUUCCGAUAAUGGAUAUUGUGCGAGUGAAGACGAAGAGGUUCCUUAGUUCCACAGUUAGAUGUUCACAAUUGGAUUCGACAGGAAAGGAGGUAAAAACAGGCGCAGAGGUAAGAAUGAAAAUGAAUCUGAAAAGAGAGAGCUGGUAUUUAAAGAGGAUGGGCAAGAGUAUGCACAGGUAAUCAAAAUGCUGGGAAAUGGACGAUUAGAAGCAAUGUGUUUUGAUGGUGUCAGGAGGUUAUGCCACAUCAGAGGAAAACUGAAAAAAAAGGUUUGGAUAAACACCUCAGAUGUUAUAUUGGUUGGUCUACGAGACUAUCAGGAUAAAAAAGCUGAUGUAAUUUUGAAGUAUAAUGCAAAUGAAGCUAGAAGCCUGAAGGCAUACGGAGAGCUUCCAGAACAUGCUAAAAUCAAUGAAACGGACACAUUUGGUCCCAGAGAGGAUGAUGAAAUCCAGUUUGAUGAUGUCGGGGAUGAUGAUGAAGACAUUGAUGAUAUCUAAGCUGAACCCAAUGUGUUAUAUCCCGAGUAUUCUCAGGGUCGUUCUACAUUCGGGAUCUUGGUCGUCAGCUGUUAAGAGUAAGACUUCAUUUAGCUUGCCAAGGAAAGCAGAUUGGUUUGUUUGCAUUUUAAAAAGUAUUUGUUAUAUUUCUUUGAAGACUGAAGAUGUUGUGUUAACUGACAUGUGAAAACAUAGAUGUAAUGCUACCAUGUGCACUGAUAAACCAAUACUUCAUUUCUAGUAAACGAAUGCCAUCACUCAGUUGUUUCCCUUGUGACCAGAAUGGAUUUUAGCCGCUUUCAGAACCGUUAUGUUCUAAUU